UUUAUUCAAUCCCAACAGACAAUGAGAACAAAGAUUACACCAGUACAUGUCGAUGACCAAAGGGUCAUUGAUGCUGCAACACCUGUGCGCCCUAUUAUCAAGAAGAAGAGUAAGAAUGGCGUCAUCGACCCAUACUACUCGGAUAGGUCGGUCAUGCACCCAAAGAAGGGUGGCAAGGACGUCUAUUCACGCGAGGAAUACCUUCAAGACUACAGUCUGGGACCAACCGAGUACAUUGGCCCACAGCAACGUAUGAGCUCGGCCGUCGGUCCAAACUACGACGGCAACCUUCGUCGCAGUCUCGCCGGCAAGAUCAACCCAGCCGUCGAGAAGGCACUCUGGAGCAACGUCCCAGGUGGCGUGCUCAUGGACGCACCCCUGCUCGGCCCAGACGGACUGCCCCUGACCGCCGCCAGUGUCAACGCGCCAUUCAACAUCCAGCUCAAGCGCCAUUACAACUCGCUCACACGUCUCAUGGACACUCAGAUCUUCCGUGAGCGUGCUGACAACCGCACAAGAAAGAUCUUGUUCGACCUCCGCAACGUGCUCGGUGACGCCAUCGUCAUGGUGGAGACACGUGGUACCGACAAGCAGUUCAUCAACUUGUUUGAGGACGCCAUGAUGUUCAAGGGUGACCUGUCCAGCGACAACGACCUCAAGACCAUGCUGAUGACCUGGCAAUCAACCUUCUCCAAGCUGGCCACCGGUAGAGGCAGCAAGAGCAUCCGCUCAGACACCAAGGAGCUGUUCACCGGUCUCCGUCGCUCGGACUCCAUCCUCAGCCUCAUGUCAGAGGGUACCAAGUUCCUGCACAUGAUCAUCCUGGAUCGCCACAACCCAGGCAUCGACGCACAGCGUGAGCUCGUGUUCGACCUGUUCUUCAAGACAUUCGGUGCUCUGGCAUCCAACCCCGCCUACCGCCACCUCGUCUCACACACACGUACCUUUGCUACGGAUCUCGUCGAGACCGAGAGGUAUGAGUUCAGCAAUGUGGCCGCACCCAAGCUCGAGGCCUACUCCAAGAACACCAACUUGCUCAGCAUGAACAGCAACCUCAAGAGUCUGGUGCGCUCACUGAUCAGUGACCCCAACGGCUCUGCCAGUGUCGACCGUUUCUUCACCCACGGCAACGUCACCAUUGAAGACAUGCGCAAGAAUCCAGUAUACGAGAAGUACUUCUCCGACCUGCGCGGUCUCUUGGCCGAGGUGUCUGCCAACCCAAGCUUGUUCGAGGACCCCUCGUACAGAAACGUCGUGCGCGAGAUGUACAACCGCGGUGAGAAGAUCAUCGUUGAGUCCAGGAACACGCCAUCACUCCAGAACUUCAUCAAGGAGGGUGAUGUGUUGCGUGGCGCCAUCCAGAACGACCCACUCAACCGCAGCUUCUACAACAACCUUAAGGAGUUCAGCAACAACUUCCAGACGGCCCCAGGCAAGAUGCCCGUGGAUCUCCAGCUGCUGGAGCAGAUCAAGCUGUUCACAGUGCCCUUCCUCCUCGAGGAGUUCAGAACCAUCACAGUGCCAGGCCAGAGCGGUGCCACACCAGAUGGAAAGAUUGCCUACAAGAUUGGUGCCAUCAACCUCUGUUCCGUCGAGCUCUUGCCAGAGAACAUUCAUAUGGAAGUCUCGCACAAGUUCAACACAGACCCAUACACACUCAAUGUGAUUGAUCCAGACACUGUCAUCUGGGUUGAAUUGACAUCGAUCAAUGCUCGUAUUGAUAAGAUGCCAUGGGCUUUCCAGAAGUUUGGUUUCCCAUCAAUCAAGGAUGGUGGUUUGGCCGACAUUCGUUUGGACAAGAGAGGUGCCAGAGUUGGAGCCACAGUCAGAGUACUUGGUGAGGGAUACCAGAAGUUCGUCCAAGUCCUCGAUUCAUACUGCUACAUUGACAGCUUGAGCAUCAAGCUGUACAACUGCAAGCAUAGUAUUCUAUACAAGAUGUUCAACUUGUUCGCUCGUAACGCUGUCAAGAAGGCCAUCGAGAAGGCAGUCGCCGAGAACUUGGCAGAGAUUAUGACCAAAUAUGACUACAAGGCAUACGCCAAGUACACUGAGGCAAAGAGAAAGGCUGGCGUCAGAAUGGCCAAGCUCCAGGCCCAGCGUGCCAACGCCAAGAAGAUCAUCGUCGUCAACAAGGGCACUACAUCGGCCACCAGCUCCAUCUUCCGUACCAUCGCCGGUAAGACCAGAGUGCCAGUGCCCGUUGCCAGGGUCACCAAGAUUGCCGCACCAACCACCAUCGUCACCGAGAAGGUUGUCGUCACAGCGCCAGUUGUAGAGGCGCCACCUGCCUCUACAUCAUCGGCUACAUACGUGCCCGUCGAGUCGAUUGACAUGUUGUCCACCAAUGCACCCAUCGUCAGACAGACCGCCGUGCCCUUGUUCACCACGGUCCAGACGAGCGACAGCUCCAGACAGAUGGCCAACGAGGUAGUUCAGACUGUCAGUAUGCCCACGCCCACACCAAUCCAUGCCGUCAAGCUGGUCGACUCCCAAGAGAAGAAGUUCAUGGAGAAUGCACGCAUGUCGCUUGGUCCAUCAAUGCUUGGAACCGGCUCA